CUGCUCUAGCCGCCGCCAUUAGAGGAUUCGGGAGUCUGGGGCUGCAGAUCCCCCCGGCUGCGCCGAGUGGGAGCGCCCGCGGCCGAGCGAGCUAGCUAGGCCGGGAGAGACCAUGUCCUGAGCGGGGACCCGCAGCCUGCGGGGCGGGGGGUUGGUGGGGGGCACGGGGGGCUGCUUGCACCGAGUAGUGUCUGAGGGACGGAUCCGGGAGCAGCGGCAGGAGCAGGCGGCGCUGCGGGGGAUAGUUGUCACAUAGUGUCAUCCAUCCCAUUUUGCAGUUUGAGGAGGGCAAGGUCUGCACCAGCAUGGAGACAGAAUCUUCUCUUCAUUAGAGAAACUUUCUGCCCAACACAACUUACUUCAAGAAGUGCACAAUGACAGAACGUGGAAUUAAAUGGGCUUGUGAGUAUUGUACAUAUGAAAAUUGGCCAUCUGCAAUUAAGUGUACCAUGUGUCGUGCUCAGAGGCCUAGUGGAACAAUUAUUACAGAAGAUCCAUUCAAAAGUGGUUCAAGUGAAGUCGGUAGAGAUUGGGAUCCUACAAGCAUUGAAGGAGGAAGCAGCCCUUUGAUAUGUCCAGAUUCUAGUGCAAGACCAAGGGUUAAAUCUUCUUACAGUAUGGAAAGUGCAAAUAAAUGGUCAUGCCACAUGUGCACGUACUUGAACUGGCCAAGAGCGAUAAGAUGUACUCAGUGCUUGUCCCAGCGUAGGACCAGGAGCCCCACAGAAUCUCCUCAGUCUUCAGGAUCUGGUUCAAGAUCAGUCCCCUUUUCUGUUGAUCCUUGUGAAGAGUACAAUGAUAGAAAUAAACUGAACACGAGGGUACAGCACUGGACUUGUUCUGUAUGUACAUAUGAAAACUGGGCUAAGGCCAAGAAAUGUGUGGUAUGUGAUCAUCCCAGACCUAACAACAUUGAAGCAAUAGAACUGGCAGACACAGAAGAGGCUUCUUCCAUCAUAAAUGAGCAAGACAGAGCUCGAUGGAGGGGAAGCUGCAGUAGCGGUAAUAGCCAAAGAAGAUCUCCUCCUACAAGCAAACGUGAAUCAGAAGUGAAAAUGGACUUCCAAAGAAUUGAGUUGGCUGGAGCUGUUGGCAGCAAGGAGGAACUUGAAGUUGACUUCAAAAAACUAAAGCAAAUAAAAAAUAGAAUGAAAAAGACUGAUUGGCUAUUUCUAAAUGCUUGUGUGGGUAUCAUGAUGAAGAUUUCAUGGAUUUUCCCCUGUGAUACUUCUUUAAAAGGAGUUGUAGAAGGUGAUUUAGCUGCUGUUGAAGCAUUUAAGUCAUCAGGAGGAGAUAUUGCACGCCAGCUUACAGCAGAUGAAGUACGCCUGCUAAAUCGCCCUUCUGCUUUUGAUGUGGGAUACACACUUGUACAUCUGGCUAUACGUUUUCAAAGGCAGAAUAUGCUAGCAAUUUUGCUUACAGAGGUAUCACAACAUGCGGCAAAGUGCAUUCCAGCAAUGGUGUGUCCAGAGCUUACAGAACAAAUCCGACGUGAAAUUGCUGCGUCUCUUCAUCAACGAAAGGGAGAUUUUGCUUGCUAUUUUUUAACUGACCUCGUAACAUUUACAUUACCUGCAGAUAUUGAAGACUUACCACAAACAGUCCAAGAGAAGUUAUUUGAUGAAGUACUUGAUAGGGAUGUUCAGAAAGAACUAGAAGAAGAAUCUCCUAUUAUAAACUGGUCUUUGGAAUUGGGUACGCGUUUGGAUAGUAGACUAUAUGCACUUUGGAAUCGAACUGCAGGGGACUGCCUGCUUGAUUCAGUACUACAAGCUACCUGGGGCAUUUAUGACAAGGAUUCGGUGCUACGAAAAGCUCUUCAUGACAGUUUACAUGACUGUUCACAUUGGUUUUACACCCGUUGGAAAGAGUGGGAGUCAUGGUACUCCCAAAGCUUUGGUUUACAUUUCUCGCUGCGAGAGGAACAAUGGCAGGAAGAUUGGGCGUUUAUACUCUCUCUUGCUAGUCAGCCUGGAGCAAGUUUGGAGCAGACACACAUUUUUGUACUUGCACAUAUUCUUAGAAGACCAAUUAUAGUUUAUGGAGUAAAGUAUUAUAAGAGUUUCAGGGGAGAAACGUUAGGAUAUACCCGUUUUCAAGGUGUAUAUUUACCUUUGUUAUGGGAACAGAGUUUUUGCUGGAAAAGUCCUAUUGCUCUGGGCUAUACAAGGGGCCACUUCUCUGCUCUGGUUGCCAUGGAGAAUGAUGGUUAUGGCAAUCGAGGUGCUGGUGCUAAUUUGAACACUGAUGAUGAUGUUACCAUUACUUUUUUACCAUUGGUCGACAGUGAGAGGAAAUUACUGCAUAUUCACUUCCUUUCUGCUCAAGAGAUAGGUAAUGAGGAGCAGCAAGAAAAGCUGCUCAGAGAGUGGCUAGACUGCUGUGUGACAGAGGGUGGAGUCUUUGUUGCUAUGCAGAAAAGCUCUCGUCGCCGCAAUCAUCCCCUGGUCACACAAAUGGUAGAGAAGUGGCUUGACCGUUACCGACAGAUUCGCCCUUGUACAUCCCUUUCUGAUGGUGAGGAAGAUGAAGACGAUGAUGAUGAAUGAUGAAAUUAAAAAAUAAAGUAUCAGUGCGUAGUGUCUGAUGACCCUGAAGUUAGAGUUGUGCUCUAGCAGUUUAUGAAUUGACUUAAAUCUAGCAGAAGCAUGCUGAAAGGAUUUUACUUACCAGCAUGGGGAGAGUCUAGAGGUUCAUCUGCUGUGUGAAGAGAGCUAAAUUGGUUGGACUACAGCUUGUAAAAACAAAAAACUAAUUUUAUUAUCAAGACAAAACAUUUCUUUCUUUCCAGUUGCAAAUCUGUCUAUAAAUGUAUCGCAUGUGGUUGUGUAAGAAGUUGUGUAAUAGGAAAAAAGUAUACCAGCAUCUUAAUUAUUGAGAAGAAAUUUCUUUCAAAUAAGGGCACUUACAAAAGCACAUGUUAGAUGGAUAUUUGUUCCUUUUGAGAUUUACUUUUACAGUAGAACUUGUAUUCUGCAUCACUCUUUAAAUAUUUUGACACAUUUUCUUGAAAGGUCAUUUUGUGAGAUAUCACUAGUGCCCAGUCAGAUGGUGAGGUUUUUUUGUUUGCACAAACUAUCCAGAGCAAGUCAGAAGUACAAACAACGUUCAUUAUUUUAUUAAUAUUUUAGUUACUGUUGUGCCCAUUAUAAUAAAAUCAAAUCUUUAAGGAUCAAACUGUGGAAGAAGAGCUACAUUUUUCAUUGAGUGAACUUAUAUUUUGUUUUCAGAAAAGUCCUUUCUGCUCUCCAUUAAUAUUUCACCUUGUAACAUAUUUUAAUACUUUCUUCAGUAUGCUUGAAAUAUUUAUUUAGAAAAGUGACCGAAAAUGUUGUUCCAGAGAUUGCAUACUAAACAAUUGCGUGGAGUUGCCAACUCAAGUGUGAUUUGAGAAUUUCAUAUUGUCCAAACCUAGUCUUGCUGUGAUAUGUACAGUAUAUCAUUUUAUCAUUGAGUCUUUCACCCUAGUUAAACAUUGCAAGUGAAAACUACCUUUUACUAGGGGCACUCCUUGAUCAUUAGUGAGAACUCUUGGCAAUUUUAAUUUUUUUUUAAAACCCUUCAUUCUAAAGUGGCUUUUUAAAAAAAGCACUGUAAUAUAUUUCUCUAUGUAAACCUGGGUAUUUCUUGCAUGUUGACUUUUGUGGCCAUACUUAAAAUGUAAGGUUCAUAAAAGUGUAAGUCCAGAGUAUAUUCAUCAGUAGAAAUUUUAUUAUGUGAUAACUUUAGCCAUGCAAUUUGUAAUGGGUAAAGUUUAUCUUAAAACAACAUUGCUUAGAAACACUGAAGGUUAAUGCCAGUUUUUUACAUAUACAAUGCAAUUCAGAUCAUCUUUAAUAAGCACUUUGAAAACUAUUGACUGUGUGUGUGUGUGUGUGUGUGUGUGUGUGUGUGUGUGGCUGGUGGAUAGGGAACUCUGCAGUAGAUGACCUAGAAUUUCAAAAGAAGACCCAUAAAGUGCAUAUUUUUGUGUAGUUUAAGGCUAUGGAAACACUAAAGAACUUGCUGCUUUUUCUUGCAAAUGCUGCUUAGAUGGUAUUGAAAUGUGCACAACUCCUAGAUAAUCUUGGUGACAAAACACCAAAAAUAGAGAAAUAAUGAAGUGCUGUAUUAAGUUAGCAAAUUUUUUCCCUCUCAGAUUCCAUUGAUAUUUAUUAUGAAAUGUGUCAUCACACUUUUGGCCAUUUAGGUCUCCUUUGAUUGGUGCAUGCAUAGAUUUUCAGGUAAAAGAAUGCAUGUUUCUUUGCAGUAUAUGUAUGAAUUACCUGAGUGAAAAUAGAAGAAUCACAGAUAGUGAACAGGUUCUACCUUAACAUACAGUCUUGAUUUCAGUUUGCUUUCUAAAUGCAGUAGUCAAGUAAAUUGAUACCUUGUCCUCAUUCUUCCAAGAUGAUGUUACCUUACAGUGAAAUCCAUGUGUACCAUGACCAAUGAGUAACUUAAGUAAGUUAAGAGCUCAUGCAUUCAUUUCAGUAUGCUAUGUGAAUGGUGUUGACAAACACACAAACAGCAGAUAACACUGCUUCAUUGACAUAUCUUGCCCCCAAAUGACACAGUUACUGCAAGUCAUAAGAAGCAAGAUUCAAAUACCUUCCUUGUGAAGUAGUCUUUAACCUUUCUUCAUUAUUUUGCCAUUCUCCAACCAAAUUGUUGCAGAAGCAAGCCGUAUCUUGCCUUCAACAAUAUGGGUGGACUGUACCCAAAUUUGAGUUCCUUUGAAGAAAUGAACAUCCUUUCAUUUUUAAAGAGAUUUAAUGUCAGUUUACUAUACAAUCAGUUACAGCUUUUGAUUUUAAAAACCAAACCAAACCCCACACUGUCUAAUAUCUGUGCCCCACUUUUGUUACAAAUUGACACCUCUCAUACUUUUUGCAGAGUUUUAUUAACCAUUACAGCUUUCUUCUAAUCUAUAAAAUGGCAGGUUCUGGCUAACAAGCCUCACUGUGUUUUCAAAAUCAAGUGAGACUUUUUAAACAAAAAUCCCUAGUUAAAGGAGUUGGGGUUUAUCUGUUGACAGUGCACCUCACCCACUACAGUAGAUGAAGGUGCAAGCAAUUGUCCUUUUCCCAGCACGGUAGCCAGUGCACAUUAAAUCUCCCCAUUUGACAUUCUUGAAGGUUUACAAACAUGUAUGUGCAGUUGGUGGGUAAGUCCUAUAUUGACCCAGUCUAUAUUAAAUUUACCACUUGGUUUUUUACUGUUGAAUGCUUACAUAGCCCAGUACUUGGCUUUUCAUUUCAAACUCUUGCCUGCUCUACAUCUGGGAAUUGUCUUGGACUAUUCAUGAAUUCCUUAGGAGAAUUUAAUUCCUGGGUUGCUUUUGUUAAACCGAGGCAUGCUGAAAUCGUCCAGAGUGCUGCUACAGCAUAGCUUUUAAUCAGCGUUACUGGAAUGUUUCAUACUCCCUUAGCAAAGUAGAAUUGCUGUUCAUUUUGAAGAAUGCACAAUUCUUGUUGUGUUACUUGGCUGCUUAAGGAGAAGUAACUUCUGUGAGCUUUACUGUAUGAAGUGGUGACUUUUUUUUUUAAAUGCCAGUUUUAUCAGCACAGUCACAUUUUUGUUACUUGUAUGAACUGCUUCCCUUGAUUGAUGGAAGCGCCCCCAGCCUUCCUUGUAUUAAUAUAAAAGCAGCAGUAAAUUGGUUUGUCAGUAAAGCAAAAGACACAAAUCUUGAGCAGCAGCUAUCUGGUAUACAUUUCUCUCCCCUCCCCUCGCACACUAUUCAGUCUGAAAAAACUUGGGACAUACUACACUCAGGUUGCUUUGGACCCAGCAAUAUGUCAAGUCAGGAUAGAUACACAUUCUCCGCAUCUCCAUAUGACCUACUCCUUGCAUAUUUUUUUGGUGUUUGUACUACAGACAGUUGAAUCCCUCUGUACUAGUCACAAUCCCAGAAGUACAGUGUUGUUUUUAAACUGAAGCCUUUUACUAUGAUACCUUGUAACAUUUGGAUUUUUUAAAUUCACUUUUAGUUCUCGUUGAACUGUAAAACUUAAUUGGAAGCUAUUGUCUAAGUUUGCUAUGAUUUGCAUCUAAUCUUAUUUUUAUAAGUACUGGAUGAAACUCUACAGCAUCUGCCAUUCUCUGAAAGGUUUGUGCUAGACUUAUUUUCCUGAUUCAAAAUCCACUGCUGGCAAUGGAUGCACUAGAAACCACUGGCACAAAUUAUUCUGUUUCAUAGAACAGUAUUUACGCCCAUCUGAAAUGCAACUGCUUAUUUUGAAAAACGACAGUACCAGGAAGUUAUUUUUAAAAUAAUCACUUUAAAUCUUGACAACAUGAAUUAAAUGUUUUAUCUUCAUUUUCAUGUUUCUCAAAUGUCCUCUCUCUAACUAACCUGUUUUCUCCUGGUUUCUCUAUGCUGGUGUUUAUGGAUAAUCAUUCAUACUUGCUAUGUUAGAUCAUUGACAAAAGGAUAGUCUCACAGCUAUGAAAUGUGACCUCUUUGUAACAUGUUUGAAGCUGGUAAAUAGCUUUCCAUUUAAUUUUAAACAAACAAAUACAGUUUUGUAACUAGAAA